AUGACAAAUUCAGGUUUCUGGGAGUUGUGGUCUGAGGGCUUGGAGACCUACAUCAGUACAGCUCAAAUGCAGCGACCUUUUCAUAGCAUUCUCAUUCCAAACGAGCACACGGUAGCUACACAGAUGUUCAUGGAAAUACUUGGUAAACAAAGCAAAGCCCCACUUCUGGUGGGUGAAAGCGGAACGGGAAAAACUGUCCUGGUGCGUAACUACCUGAGUCGGCUGCGAUCCGAUUCGAGCAUUAGCAAAGUCUACAGUUUCUCCUCAUCAACAACAGCAGCCAUGUUUCAG